AUGAAGGCCGUCUUACAACGUGUCAAGUCGGCGUCCGUCACCAUCGACAACCAGUUGAUCUCAUCAAUCGGCCAAGGAGUCCUCGUGUUCGCUGGCGUUGGGAGGGAAGACACUGAAAGAGAUGUCGACAUUAUGGCAGCAAGGGUGUUGAAAGCCAAGCUAUGGCCGGAUGAGACCAAUGCGAAAACUUCUUGGAAACGGAACGUUCAGGAUAUAGAAGGCGAAGUUCUUUGUGUAUCCCAGUUCACAUUAUACGGACACAUCAAGAAAGGCAACAAGCCUGACUUCCAUGCCGCCGCCGACGUCGAAACGGCCCGUCGUCUCUACGAUCGCUUCGUCCAGAAAGUCAGCGAUCUGUACAAAGCGGAACGAGUAAAAAAUGGAGUCUUUCAAGCCAUGAUGGAAGUUGAACUCAAGAACGACGGUCCGGUGGGUGUUGAUUUCCGCAGUGAAGAUGGAGCGGUCACUAUUGAAAUAACCACCGAUCUUCCCAAAUCUGAGAGUAGUAAGGAUAAGGGAGAAACUGUGAAAACUCAGACGGAUGCGGAUGGACGGAGAUACGUGGAGUUUGAGCUUCCCGCUUCUCUUUUGGAGUGA